AUGACAUCAAAUUCGGCUGCAUCUACUGUCUCUCUGACACCAUUUCCCUUUGAAACAAAACGAAAUGCUGUUACAGAUGAUUAUGAGGUGAGAAAUGAAGUACUAGGCAUCGGUAUUAAUGGUAAGGUGUUAACGUGUUUUCAUCGGCAAAGACUACACAAAUGUGCACUGAAAAUUAUUCCAGAUUCAGCUAAAGCUAGACGAGAAGUUAUUUUACACAAAAAAGCGAGUGUAUAUCCAAAUAUAGUACGUAUACUAGAUAUUUAUGAAAAUAAACAUUCAAAUCAGCAAUCUUUAUUGAUUGUUAUGGAAUGUAUGGAGGGUGGUGAACUAUUUAAUCGAAUGAAACGUAUAGAUCACAAAAGUUCGUUUACUGAACGUCAAGCUGCUGGCAUUAUGCAUUCAAUAUGUAAAGCUGUUAGUCAGUUGCACUCGAUGAACGUGGCACAUCGUGAUUUAAAACCAGAAAAUUUAUUAUUUACAUCAAAUGAGGAAGAGGCGGAAUUAAAAUUGACUGAUUUUGGUUUUGCAAAAGAAUGCUCAGAUUCAAUAAAAAAUUUAACAACACCUUGUUACACUCCAUAUUACGUCGCACCGGAAGUGUUAUCCAAACAAAGUUAUGAUAAGACUUGCGACAUUUGGAGCUUGGGCGUCAUUAUGUACAUGCUGUUAUGCGGCUAUCCACCAUUUUAUUCAAAACACAGUUUACCCAUAAGCCCCGGUAUGAAAACUAAAAUUCGUGCCGGUGAAUAUGAGUUUCCCGAAGAGGACUGGUGUAUGGUAUCGGAUGAAGCUAAAAAUCUGAUACAAGCUAUGUUAACAGUAGAAUCCGAAAAGAGACCAAAUAUUGAGACAAUAUUGAAAAGUUCGUGGUUAUCUGAAUUCACCACACAUGUUCCAAAAACACCAUUGAAUACAUUACAUGUUCUCAUGGAGGAGUUAGAACAAUGGGAUGAUGUUGAAGCAGCCAUUUGUGAAACGAAUAAAUAUAAUCGAAUGCCUAGUGACGAGGAAAUCAAUAUUUCAACAAAUGAUAAUACGAUAUCGCAGCGACGACAAAAACGGCAGAAUAAUAAUAAUAAGGAAUAG